AUGUUGUUGGCGCUGGCGCAGGUGCAGCGCUCGGUGCAGUUCUCAGUCGCCAUCCAACUCUCGCCCACCUGGGGGAGCGGGGACCCCACUCUGGCGUGCCCGGCGAACAGCUCCUACACCCUGUGCGCCCAGCCGUGCCCCCCGACCUGCAGCCCGGCCUUCGCGCCCGUCGAGUGCCCGGCCCAGCACUGCGUGGAGGGGUGCGAAUGUCUCCUGGGCUUCGUGCUGAGCGGGCAGGAGUGCGUGGCAGCGAGCCGGUGCGGGUGCACAGGCCCCGACGGCGGGUACCACCCGCUCGGCGAGGUCUGGUACAACGCGGACUGUAGUGAGAAAUGCACCUGCCAGGGCCAAGAUGACAUCCGGUGCCAGGCGGCCCGGUGCCAGCCCCAGGAGCUCUGCCAGCAGCGGGAGGGAGAGUAUGGCUGUUACCCCACCGGCUCGGGGGUCUGUGUGGCGGCUGGGGACCCUCACUACACCACCUUCGAUGGGCGGCUCUUCCACUUCAUGGGCACCUGCAGCUACACCCUGACCCAGACCUGCAACGCCAGCGCCGGGCUCCCUGGCUUCUCCGUGGAGGCCACCAAUGAGCACCGGGGGGCCAGCACCCGGGUCUCCUACGUCCACGCCGUGGCUGUGGAGGUGUUCGGCCACCGGGUGGCGCUGCUCAAGGGGCGCCGAGUGACGGUGGACGGGCAGCGGGUGACCCUGCCGGUGGGCCUGGCCGGGGGCCGGCUCGGGGUGCGGGUCAGCGGUGGCUACGCUCUGCUGCAGACGGACUUUGGACUGCGGGUUCGGUAUGAUGGGAACCAGCGGGUCGAGGUUCUGGCGCCGUCGUCCUAUGCCGGGCGGCUCUGCGGGCUCUGCGGGAACUACAACGGGCAAAGCUCUGACGACAACCUCAUGCCCAAUGGCACUUCGGCCGGCACCAACACCGACCGCCUGGGCGGGAGCUGGGCAGUGCCAGGCACCAGCAGCCCGGGCUGCACCAACUCUGGGGACCCGGGCGUAUGUGACCCAGAGAUCAACCUGGAAGCUCAGAAGCCGACCAGCUGUGGAGCCCUGACUGACCCCCAGGGCCCCUUUGCCCCCUGCCAUGGGGCUGUGCCCCCCGCGGAUUCCUUCAAGAGCUGCCGCUACGAUCUGUGCGGCACCGGGGGUGAGACGACCUCCCUCUGCUACGCCCUGCAGUCCUACGCUGACCGCUGCGCCCAGGCCGGGGUCCCCAUCGCCUGGAGGAACAGCAGCCUGUGCCAUGAGGUGGGGGCGCUCGUCUUUGACAUCGGCUCGUUCUCAGUCCGAGCCGGCUACGCCGGAGAAGACUGCCCCAAGGCGGAUUUCCCCACCACGGUGGGGCUGCUGGCCCCCGAGGAGGCGGCGCUGGAGCUGGACGGGGAGAAGGAGAAGAAGCCGGGGAAGGUUUAUUACAUCGACACCAACUCGCUGCACGUCCCGCGGGAGAACACGGAGGUCCUGUCGCCCCUCAAGAACGGCAUGAUCGAGGACUGGGACUGUUUCCAGGCCAUUCUGGAUCACACGUACGGGAAACACGUCAAGUCGGAGCCCGGCCUGCACCCCGUGCUCAUGUCCGAGGCGCCGUGGAACACCCGGGCCAAGCGGGAGAAGCUGACCGAGCUGAUGUUCGAGCAUUACGCCAUCCCGGCCUUCUUCCUCUGCAAGACUGCCGUGCUCACCGCCUUUGCCAACGGGCGCAGCACGGGGCUGGUGCUUGACAGCGGCGCCACCCACACCACAGCCAUCCCCGUGCACGACGGUUACAUCCUGCAGCAAGGCAUCGUGAAGUCGCCGCUGGCCGGGGAUUUCAUCUCCAUGCAGUGCCGGGAGCUCUUCCAGGAGAUGAACAUCGAGAUCGUGCCCCCCUACAUGAUCGCUGCCAAGGACCCUGUGCGUGAGGGGGCCCCCCCCAACUGGAAGAAGAAGGAGAAGCUGCCCCAGGUCUCCAAAUCCUGGCACAACUACACCUGCAAUGAGGUGAUCCAGGAUUUCCAGGCCUCGGUGCUACAGGUCUCCGACUCACCAUAUGAUGAGCAGGUGGCCGCCCAGAUGCCCACCGUGCACUACGAGAUGCCCAACGGCUACAACACGGACUACGGGGCCGAGCGGCUGCGCAUCCCCGAGGGGCUGUUCGACCCCUCCAACGUCAAGGGUCUCUCCGGGAACACCAUGCUGGGCGUCGGCCACGUGGUCACCACCAGCAUCGGCAUGUGUGAUAUCGACAUCAGGCCGGGUCUCUACGGCAGCGUCAUUGUGACCGGGGGCAACACGCUGCUCCAGGGCUUCACCGACCGUCUGAACCGCGAGCUGUCGCAGAAAACGCCCCCCGGUGUGUGUGCUUAG